UAGCGAGCAGCACCGCAGUUUGCUGGAUCGUGAAGUCUGAGCCGACGAAGCAAAGUCAAGUAGCAAAGAUGGCGGUAUCGGUGUUUCCCUGUGUGCGGUUGCGGUCCAUCGGGGACGCGAACGGAGAGAUCCAGCGACACUCCGAGCAACAGCCCCUGAGGUUGGAGGUUAAAAGCACCCCAGACACGGCUCUCCUAAAUCUCUCCAAUAGCGAUGAGACAUCAGUCUUCAAGUGUUCGUUGUCCAGGGAAACGGAAUGCAGUCGUGUGGGGAAACAGUCCUUCAUCAUCACACUGGGCUGCAACAGUGUCCUGCUACAGUUCUCCACACCUGCAGAGUUUACUUCCUUCUAUAACAUUCUGAAGAGUUGCCGGGGCCACAAUGCAGAACACUCCGUCUUCAGUGACAGGACAGAAGAGUCCUCUGCCGUGCAAUACUUUCAGUUCUAUGGCUAUCUCUCUCAGCAGCAGAACAUGAUGCAGGACUAUGUUCGGACCGGAACCUACCAACGUGCCAUCCUUCAGAACCACGGUGACUUUAAGGACAAGGUGGUGUUAGAUGUGGGCUGUGGUUCAGGUAUUCUGUCGUUCUUUGCGGCGCAGGCCGGAGCCAGGAAGGUCUACGCUGUGGAGGCUAGCACAAUGGCCCAGCACGCAGAGGUGCUGGUAAACUCCAACGGAAUGGGGGAUCGUGUGGUGGUGAUAGCAGGGAAGGUGGAGGAGAUCUCUCUACCAGAGCAGGUGGACAUCAUCAUCUCUGAACCCAUGGGAUACAUGCUCUUCAACGAGAGGAUGCUGGAGAGUUACCUUCACGCCAAGAAGUUCCUCAAACCCAAUGGUAACAUGUUCCCCACUCUAGGUGACGUCCACCUGGCUCCCUUCACAGAUGAACAGUUAUACAUGGAGCAGUUCACCAAGGCCAACUUCUGGUAUCAGCCAUCGUUCCAUGGUGUUGAUCUGUCAUCACUGAGAGAAGCUGCAGUCGACGAGUAUUUCAGACAGCCCAUUGUGGACACCUUUGAUAUCCGUAUCCUCAUGUCCAAGUCUGUUAAAUACACCGUCAACUUCCUGGACGCGAAGGAGGGGGAUCUGCACAGGAUGGAGAUUCCCUUUAAGUUCCACAUGAUGACGUCAGGUCUGGUCCAUGGUCUGGCAUUCUGGUUUGACGUGGCUUUCAUCGGCUCAGCGGUAACAGUGUGGCUCUCCACCUCUCCUACGGAGCCUCUGACCCACUGGUACCAGGUCCGCUGUCUGCUCCAGUCCCCUCUCUUCACCAAGGCAGGAGACACCCUGUCUGGCACUGCAACGCUUAUCGCUAACAAGAGACAGAGCUAUGACAUCAGUAUGGUGGCCCAGGUGGACCAGACAGGAAGCAAGUCCAGCAACCUGCUGGAUCUCAAGAACCCCUUCUUCAGGUACACAGGCAGCACGUCAGCCCCGCCCCCAGGCUCUCACUACUCCUCCCCCUCAGAGAACAUGUGGAGCAAUGGAGGAGUCUACAACAUGAACCAGGGAGGGAUGCCUGCCGUGUACGACCUCAGUACGGUCAUUGGUGGCGGCGGCUCCACCGUGUCCCACAACAAUCUCAUCCCUCUUGUGAACACAGGGGUAGUGAACCAUACAUCUUCUAGAGUUGGGUCUAUCAUGAGUACAGGCGUGGGCCAGGGAGUGACAACUGGACAAUCGGGGCCCGGCAACAGUCCUCAAUACCCAAUCAACAACAGCCAGUUCACCAUGGGCGGGCCUUCCAUCUCCAUGUCGUCUCCCAUGGCGAUGCCUAGCAACACUAUGCACUACGGGAGCUAAGACCUACCAACCGUCCGUAGCUCUCCCACCCCCUCUUCUCUCCCACGCCCCCCUCCUGGAAGGAAACCAAACUGGACUGAUAAUAUGGACGUGCCUCUACUCCCUUCACCCCUCCGUUCUCUGGUUCCUGAUGUCUCCGGCCCAGUCCAGAAACAACUACACACUGACAUGGUUGGAUAGGUUUUUAGGGCUGUCAAAUGUCCAGGUUCUCCAUUCUGGUUGGAGGAUUUCUGAUGUCCUACUUGUUCUGUCUGGAUUGCAGCCGUUGAUGGUUUAAACACAUCGCUUUCAUCUCGACACAUUCUGAGGCAGAGUGGAAGGUGUGUGCUUGUAGCCAUUCUGAGGCAGAGUGGAAGGUGUGUGCUUGUAGCCAUUCUGAGGCAGAGUGGAAGGUGUGUGCUUGUAGCCAUUCUGAGGCAGAGUGGAAGGUGUGUGCUUGUAGCCAUUCUGAGGCAGAGUGGAAGGUGUGUGCUUGUAGCCAUUCUGAGGCAGAGUGGAAGGUGUGUGCUUGUAGCCAUUGAGGCAGAGUGGAAGGUGUGUGCUUGUAGCCAUUGAGGCAGAGUGGAAGGUGUGUGCUUGUAGCCAUUCUGAGGCAGAGUGGAAGGUGUGUGCUUGUAGCCAUUGAGGCAGAGUGGAAGGUGUGUGCUUGUAGCCAUUCUGAGGCAGAGUGGAAGGUGUGUGCUUGUAGCCAUUCUGAGGCAGAGUGGAAGGUGUGUGCUUGUAGCCAUUCUGAGGCAGAGUGGAAGGUGUGUGCUUGUAGCCAUUCUGAGGCAGAGUGGAAGGUGUGUGCUUGUAGCCAUUGAGGCAGAGUGGAAGGUGUGUGCUUGUAGCCAUUCUGAGGCAGAGUGGAAGGUGUGUGCUUGUAGCCAUUGAGGCAGAGUGGAAGGUGUGUGCUUGUAGCCAUUGAGGCAGAGUGGAAGGUGUGUGUGUGCUUGUAGCCAUUCUGAGGCAGAGUGGAAGGUGUGUGCUUGUAGCCAUUCUGAGGCAGAGUGGAAGGUGUGUGCUUGUAGCCAUUCUGAGGCAGAGUGGAAGGUGUGUGCUUGUAGCCAUUCUGUUUUAUGUAUUCACAACCCACAUAGAAACAUUUAGAAGGAUCUUAUGUACUUACUGUGGCUAUGGGGUUUAGAAACGUACACACACAGUUAUAUUAUAUACACACACACACACGGUUGUAUUAUAUACACACACACACACGGUUGUAUUAUAUACACACACACACACACACACACGGUUGUAUUAUAUACACACACACACACACACACACGGUUGUAUUAUACACACACACACACACACGGUUGUAUUAUACACACACACACACACACGGUUGUAUUAUACACACACACACACACACACGGUUGUAUUAUACACACACACACACACACGGUUGUAUUAUACACACACACACACACACGGUUGUAUUAUACACACACACACACACACACGGUUGUAUUAUACACACACACACACACGGUUGUAUUAUACACACACACACACACGGUUGUAUUAUACACACACACACACACACGGUUGUAUUAUACACACACACACACACACACGGUUGUAUUAUACACACACACACACACGGUUGUAUUAUACACACACGGUUGUAUUAUACACACACACACACACGGUUGUAUUAUACACACACACACGGUUGUAUUAUACACACACACACACGGUUGUAUUAUACACACACACACGGUUGUAUUAUACACACACACACACACACACGGUUGUAUUAUACACACACACACACGGUUGUAUUAUACACACACGGUUGUAUUAUACACACACACACACACACACGGUUGUAUUAUACACACACACACACACACACGGUUGUAUUAUAUACACACACACACACACACGGUUGUAUUAUACACACACACACACACGGUUGUAUUAUACACACACACACACACGGUUGUAUUAUACACACACACAGUUGUAUUAUACACACAGAGCCUCCUGCAGGACAGAAAGGACUUUGAGCUUCUGUGAAGUUUUACCAGUCACUCCCAUCUUCCCCAGCCCGUCGCUUGUGACCCAACGUCCCCAUCAAUAAAUUCCUGAAUCCUAA